GGCCGUCGGACCCCGGGGAGGGGCCGCUUGACCCCAGGCAGGCGCGCGGCGGGGAGGGAGCCCUCGGCGUCCCUCGGUCCCUAGGAGCGGCGCGCUCGCUGCGCGGCCGGCUACUACGUGCGCCCGAGGCCGGGCGCCGGCGCGGUGGAUUGAAUACCCUGUAAGAUACUUUUUGAGUCUUUCCAUGGCAACAGCAAGUCACCUUUAAAUAAUUGCUCUGGAAAGAGUGAUGUCCAUGGCCAUUGCUGCCGCUCUGUGCUGUACUUUCAGGGAAUCUUAGCCUUUGGUGAUUUUUUUUUUCUGAGAAUUCAAUUUUUUAUAUCUAGCAUCAAGUGUUAUACUAUUAGAGUGGAAGAAGCAACUCCUGUAACGUGACUUCCCGAGUUAGAAAAGAAAGGGACUCUCCACUCCCUGUGUUUAUCAGACUGCUUCUCCUGGGCCAUUCCAAAGCAGACUUCAGUUAAUGAAAGUGAAGAGUAUUUGCUGACCCAUCACAUUUUGGUGUGAACAUCACAAAUGUUGUCAAAUGACGGAAGAUCCAGGAAUCGGGACAGGCGCUACGAUGAGGUCCCAAGGGACUCAGACUAUCAAGAUGGCACCGUAAGAACCUUCCAGACUCUUCACGACAGUGAGCUGGCUGUGAGCGCUGAUCCGUUGCCACCACCCCCUCUCCCAUUACAGCCACCAUUUGGCCCAGAAUUCUACUCAAGUGACACAGAGGAACCGGCCGUAGCGCCAGAUCUCAAGCCUGUAAGGCGCUUUGUCCCUGAGUCCUGGAAGAACUUCUUCAGAGGGAAGAAAAAGGACCCAGAGUGGGAUAAGCCGGUGUCAGACAUCAGAUACAUCUCCGAUGGAGUGGAGUGUUCACCUCCAGCCUCUCCCGCAAGACCAAACCACUGUUCACCCCCCAACUCCUGCGAAGAUCCUCAGGGUGGGUCAGAAGGCAGCUGUCGUUCCCGGAAAGAGGCCCAGGCAGUGUUUCCCCAUGAUCCCUACGGAUCCCUAGGCCGACGCACACACACAGCCCGAACCUAUAGUGAGAAGGUGGAGGAGUAUCACCUGAGGUAUUCCUACAUGAAGUCAUGGGCAGGCCUGCUGCGGAUUCUGGGUGUGGUGGAGCUGCUGCUGGGGGCCGGUGUCUUCGCUUGUGUCACGGCGUACAUUCACAAGGACAGCGAGUGGUAUAACCUGUUCGGAUAUUCACAGCCCUAUGGCAUGGGAGGCGUUGGCGGCCUGGGCAGUAUGUAUGGGGGCUAUUACUAUAGUGGCCCCAAAACCCCUUUUGUGCUUGUGGUUGCUGGAUUGGCUUGGAUCACCACCAUUAUUAUUCUGGUGCUUGGCAUGUCCAUGUAUUAUCGGACCAUUCUUUUGGACUCAAAUUGGUGGCCCCUAACUGAAUUUGGGAUUAACGUCUCCUUGUUUAUCUUGUACAUGGCUGCAGCCAUAGUCUAUGUGAACGAUACCAACCGAGGUGGACUCUGCUACUAUCCAUUAUUUAACACGCCAGUGAAUGCAGCGUUCUGCCGGGUGGAAGGAGGACAGAUAGCAGCGAUGAUCUUCCUCUUUGUCACCAUGAUUGUUUAUCUCAUUGGAGCUUUGGUUUGCCUGAAGUUAUGGAGGCACGAGGCGGCUCGGAGACAUAGGGAAUACAUGGAGCAACAGGAGAUAAGUGAGCCAUCCUUGCCAUCGAAAAGGAAAAUGUGUGACAUGGCCACCGGUUGUGACAGACAGAGAGACCAAGAAGUUAAUUUUAAAGAACUGAGAGCAACAAAAAUGAAACCUGAGCGACUGAGUGGACAUAUCCCCCCUGGCCACAUCCCGAAACCGAUCGUGAUGCCAGACUAUGUGGCGAAAUACCCUAUGAUUCAGACGGAUGAUGAACGAGAACGCUAUAAAGCUGUGUUCCAGGACCAGUUUUCAGAGUACAAAGAGCUCUCUGCAGAAGUUCAGGCCGUCUUAAAGAAGUUUGAUGAGCUGGAUGCAGUGAUGAGCAGAUUGCCGCAUCGUUCAGAAAACCAGCAGGAACAUGAGAGAAUUUCAAGAAUCCAUGAAGAGUUUAAGAAAAAAAGGAAUGAUCCUACAUUUCUGGAAAAAAAAGAACGCUGUGAUUAUCUGAAGAAUAAACUUUCUCACAUAAAGCAAAGGAUUCAAGAAUAUGAUAAAGUAAUGAAUUGGGAUGUACAGGGUUAUUCUUAAAACUUAUUUGAAACCACUUUUUUAUAUCAAGCUUCAUAUUUAUUUACUGUCUUUUUUUAUGCUCGUCUCUGUGAUAGAGAAGCAAAUGCCUCCUGAAUCAGCUUGUAGUUGGUUUAGCUGGUAUGUCAAGUUAAAACAGUAUGUGAUUGCAUUUCAGACAUUUCAAAACAAAUUCAAAUUUACUAAGGGCCUUUACUAAGAGUGGAAGAAAUUCUGGAUUCAUCUGUGUACAAUUUAUAUUUAUCUUGUUAAAAUUGAUUUAAGCAUUGUGUCCUUGUGGUGUGAUGAUCAAGUGGAGUAUCAAUUCUGGUGCUGCUUUUUCCUUUUUUACUUAGGCCAGUUCCUGGGAUUCUUUUAGGACAAAUUUCUCUUCCUAGCCAAAGAUGUCAUUUCUGCCCUUGAAAGGGGUUUGAAUUCAACAUUUUGAAGCCUUAUGAUCUUGGGCAAGUUGCUUAAUCUGCCUGUGCCUAUUUCCUCAUCUGUAAAAUGGGGCUAAUCAUAGGCCUACCUCCUAGGGUUGUUAUGAGGAUUAAAUGAGGUAAUAUUCGUAAAGCACUUAGAACAGAGCCUGGCACAUUUGUAAGCGCUGCAUUAGUGUUUGUGAACUAUAUAGACGUGUUUGUGAACUAUAUAGACGUGUUUGUGGAAUGAAUAAACUACAUAGAAUAAGUCUCAAGGAAAGGACCUUAACGAGCAAGUUCAGCCAGCUAACCCCAGGCCAUGGCCUCAUGACUUUCUUUUUUUUAUGCUGUAAAUAAAUCUUACGCACGUCGCCUUGAGCAGAUGCUUCCCUGUGGCCCUGUGCCUACUGGGGUCCAGUGCAGCCUUCUUAUCUUUAAUCAGCAUCACUGUGCACAUCUCUCAACGUCCCCACAGCCCAGCCCUUCCUGUAAACCUCGAAAACAAGGAUUGUGUGACUAUUGUUGCCGUUUCUAUCCUGUUUAGAUGUCCAUCCUAAGGCCCCAUGAUGUUGCAUCUGCUUAGAAUCUCCCUUUGAUUUAUUGGAAUGCUUCAUUGUCCCAAGAAUUAUCUUGGCUUUGAGGCUUUAUUCAUGAGAAAUGUUUUAUUUUUAUUAAUGUGAACAAGAGACUGCUUUAAAAAUGUUUUAAAAAAUCAUUGUUAUUGGUUCCUAUGCAGCAGCAUCUAUCUUGUAGAUAAUUUCCCAGGUGUAGAAAUACAAUUUCUGCUCCAUAUAGUUGCCAUUCAAACAAUUAAUACUGGAGGAAUUUUGUAAGUGAUGAAACCAAAGAAAAGAAUUUGGAAAAGCAAAGGCUUACGAAGUAUUGGUUACUGAAUAAACUUCCUAGUUCUUCUUUGUCAAUGAUAUCUUAUUUAGUGUAUAUUGUUACUGUUUUCAAUCCAUGGUUCUCAGACUAUGUUUAGGGUGCUAAGAGUCUUAAGAGGUGAUACCGAGGAAAGUGUGAGGCUAGGCUCCCUCUGGACCGCCCCCCAAACUAGAACAGCUGCACUUUCUGUUCUACAUAUUGGGACCCCAUGUUAACAUUUCGCUUAAGAAGAGCACCCAUGCUUUUAAAAAAAAAAGAAAGAUGAAAUAAUACCAUUUUGGUGAACUGUAAAGAGAUUAAUAUUGAAAUGAAGUGUUAAGGAAAUUUGACGUUGUGAAACUUUAUUUUACUACAGUUGUAAAUGUUAAUCUUUGAAAACCAAUGUUGUAAUGCUGAUUUUUACAGUUUUUAUGUGAAUACCUAGGCAUAUUAAAAUUUC